GAUCCUUUGGAAAUACUCUUUAAUCAUUAUUAUUCCUUAAAGACUAAACUUAUUCCUUAAAGACUAAAGAAUAGCUUCGACUAAGGAGUAUCUCUCUAGUUGAGAGCACUUUGCACUCAUUUUGGGAUCUGAUCGUGAACAGAAUAGUAGUGCGAUUUAUACGAGACGAUUAGCAUAAUUGUGGCAGCGCGACGAGAGUACGAGAAACGGAAUUCGCAACGUACUGUCGCAGGAUUAGAUUUAGUGUUAGAUCUAACGCCGAAUAAGCGCAGUUAUUCGCAAUCGACGGAUUCGCGAUAAUAUCGACACACAUGGAAGCAGUCCUUUUGAAAGGCAAUGAAAAGAAGAUGCUUAAGUCACAGUUUGGUUUGCUCCUGUUUCGAUAGUCACCUCGUAUCGUGAUACUCACCCAUUUACGUAUGUCUGCUUCGUGCAGCGUUAUAGUGAGACUCUAAACUGGUCGACCCACUUAUUCUAAUAAUUAGCACUUUUCUUCGAAAGUUUGUGAUCAUACACUGCAGACUAUGAGUUCAAACUGUUAUUUACAUUCAGUUUGCAUUUCUUCAGUUCAUCAAUGAGAAGAUAGAUAACAAAUAAUCGAGAAGUAUAAAAUACUAAAUAAAUUAACGAUACAGACGAUUUUUAUAAUUUUUAAUUAAAAUACAUUUCAUUUCAGUUUCUGGAUUAAUUACAAUCCAGUUUCUAUCUGAAGAGAAGAUGAAGAAAGGGGAAUAUAAUAAAUGUUGCACAGUUUUUGGAAGGAAGGUCGAAAUUUUUGAACAGGUAACAAGGUGGAGUAGACUGGGUUUCGAAGCUCUUCCGAGGAGAAGGUAGGGAGUGGAGCGUGGUGGCCCGAAGUGAAUGGCUUUCUCAUAGGAUCCGUGGAUCUUCAGUAUUCCUGGUUCCAGUCGAACCGAUGGACGUGAAUCUCGUUCUCUCUCGCAUAUCGUAUUCAGUCGCCGGUCGCGUCGAUCAGAUCAAUGAUAAUCGAUGUGUCGUUUAAAUUAAAAAUACGUGAAGACAAUUUGCUUCUCUGACGUCUGGAAAGAUUAUUCGCCAAUCUUAUUCGUGACCCUAAACUCUGGAAAAGGAGGAACCGUGCACGUGGGAUGACUUUUAAGUAGUGCCACUCUCUCCGAACGACUUUCCUCCUGUUACACCUCGCGAUAUUUUUCCCCUCAGCGCGAUGCACGCACGAGCGAUCCUGUUGAUCAUCCUGGCUGGAUUAGCGAACGGUCAAUUAAACUUCGAGGGUAACCCGUUGACAGAGAACACCGAGUACACGGCUGAGGAGUCACGAUCCUAUGAAAGAACCGCAAGAUACGAAGCCACUGCAACGAACGUAACUUACGCACCGGAGUAUUCUUGGAGCCAUCAACCGUUACCAUCGAAUACUAAGAACACAUCAGAGUUUCUGCCUGCGAUAGAAGAAACUAAAGAGCAGAGAUCGAGCCUUGGUGAGCAACCAGGAUCUUGGCACAUAACUGCAACAGCGUACAACCAGGCGUCCAGCAACGUCGAUCAGACGGAAGUAGCUUUGAACAGUUUUUUGAACUCGAAGACGCCGGAGGAAUCGCGUCUGUCUUUGGACCAUUAUCUACAGAGCCAAUACCCUCAGAAAACGUACGCGACUGACGUUAGUCAACAACAAUUGUUAACGCAACCAUCGCUGGUUCAUCAGCAAGCGUUGUCCUCCCCGGUGAACCGGCACCUGACUACGCAACUCAUACAACAGAGACAGGGUUUCGCUGUUAAUCAACCGGUCUAUAAUGCACCUGCGAAUCCGAACUUGAUGCCACCGAUUUCCAACGACCAACCGAUGCCGCCGUACGCGUUCGGGAUGCAAGCGAGGAACGACGUCUUCUAUCCUGAAUGGUACCAUCGCGUGAGAAAAGUCCGUGGGAAACCGUUUCCCUAUGCUCAGUCCAGGGGAGGUCCAGGAUUUUACAAUGGGCCUCCACCUCCAGGUCUUUUCAAACCAAAGGGUCCACCGGUGGAAGUGAUCUACACGAAGCCUCCUGGAUUUCACAAGGGCCCAGCGGCGAUCAGCAAUCCUCCAGUGCCUUACGAAGACGCGAGUGCCUGGUUCCCCGAAGCGGAUCAUCCACCACCUCCUAAGGACGUCUACUACUCUCAACUCUACGCCCAAUCGUACGAUCCGUAUUAUUACAACUACAUCGCAAAGACAGGGAAGAUAAAACCAUAUCUGUAUGGGAAGCUGGGUAAGCAUCCCGAAGAGGACGACGGUAUCUGGGCGGAGUUGUACCGAGGAUUCAAGAAGCAUGGAUUGAAGAACCUCAUGACACCCACGUUCCUCCUGGGGAUGACGCUCCCCGUGGUGACUCUAAUGCUGAGCGCGCUUGUACAGAAGAGAUCCUUGGCCAGAUCGGACUCCAGAGGAUUUUCGAAAGAGGACGCGAUUCAAGAAUACUUGGAACAAGUUCAGAAAGCGAUCGAGUGUCACGAGAGGAAGAAUAGGAGGAGAAGGGACACAAACGGGUGUUAGAUAUUUCGUAAUUUAUUUAUCUGUAGAUAUGAAAUGUGGGAAAUCAUGGGCUGCGUUCUAUAUGUAUGUAUGUACGAGAAAGAUUCUAUGAAUUUUUCUUUUAACUUCAAUAUUUAAUGAGAUAAGUACGAUUGAUUGGCAUUUUAUGAGUAUUGAUAAAAUCCGGCCAUUUUUUGUAUCUGACGACUGUAGCUACACACAUACGAGGAAUCGCGGUAAAUUGUCGCGGGGACGUGACAGUGAAACGGUUGAUUUCAACGAGAGUGUAAACGUGCGGUGAUGAAGAGUCUCACGGGUCAAUUAUUUCCGACCCUGUGCGCUCCCACGUCGCUCGUGGGUAUCUCGUUUAAUUAUUAUCAACGUCUUCUGGUAACUUUUACUUUUAUAAUAAAUUAUUCAACUAAUCGAAGCCGGCGAACGAUUGGAAAAACGCGACGGUCUCAAACGUGUGUCAUUUGUUCGUUCUUCCUGUGCUAUUUUUUUCUUACUAAUAUGUAACACCUCGACUUUCACUGUACACUUACGUACUUAUUUCUUCUUUUACUACUCGUCUUUUCCCUUUACGUGGAAGGACUUUCUAACGGGCAACGACUUCACGUUCCUAAAUUAUGUUUGCACGCAUGAGCCCUGAAUUUCAAAUUAGAAAUGACAUCUACGGUGCAGCGCGGCACAGAAAUGAAUGGAACCGGUUUGGCCAUCAGUGGGCCACGUAAACUAUUACGUAUUCGUUUACAUUAAACUUGGAGCACAUAAGUAUAACCGUGUUACUACAAAUAGCAGAAUUCUUUUUACUUCUGGUGUAAAUCGUACCCAUCACUUCAGUAAUUGACGGUGUAGUCAUGUUCGUUGAAUUUUAUAUCUCUUAAACUAGAUCAGCGAACGCGGCGCAUUGCUUCUUCGUUUUUUACAUUCCCGUUGCAUGUUUUCUCGUAAGAUCGAAUCCUAGGAGGCUUCGGCUGUGUUUUUAAUUCCGGUCACGGCCUG